GAAUCGAAAAAGACAAUGGGUGGUACACAGAUAGUUAUUCUCAUUUCUUUACUCCCCAAAGAAUAUGGCCAAACCCCUCUUCUCCAUCACCGUCUCCAAGACUGAAAUGAGCGGGUCGUCGGUGGGCAAUGAAGGUCACGCGCCGCUCUUCACAGUGGCGCAAUGGGCUGAGAUGGAGAAUCAAGCUUUGAUAUUCAAGUAUCUCAAGGCAGGACUCCCUGUUCCUUCUGAACUCCUCGCCCCUAUUCGCACCAGUUUCAAUCUCAUUUCCCCCAAUUUCUUACGCCACCACCCCACCUUGGCUUCCUAUAGCCGGAAGAACAUGGACCCGGAGCCAGGGCGGUGCCGGAGGACGGAUGGCAAGAAAUGGAGGUGCUCCAAAGAUGCACAUCCGGAGUCCAAGUAUUGCGAGCGGCACAUGAACCGAGGCCGUUAUCGUUCAAGAAAGCUUGUGGAAUCACAAACUUCCUCUCAAUCUUUGUCGACUGUGACGUCAGACAGUGUGAUUGGGAUCUGCAGCCACAGUGGGAGCUUCCAGAGCAUGCCCUUACACUCAAUGGGAAAUAGUGGAGCUCUAUGCUUUGGAAGCAAUGCAUCUGAGUUGAAGAUGGAGAGUAUACCAUAUGGGGUAUCUAACAGGGGAACCAGGGGCUGCAAUGGAUCAGAAGAACAUAAUUUCGUGUCAGAAGCUAGGAGUGCGAGGUGUCUUCGGGCAGACAGUAAUGUAGAUAAUCCGUGGCUUCUAAUGGCGCCUCAAGUUCCCUUGAAAUUAGAACCGAGAAAUAGUUCUCUUUGGCUAAACAACAGCUCUCAUCUACAGACAUUACAAAAUAUGGAGCCAUUGAGCGUUAAUGCUGAAAUCACCAAACAUGAGUAUGUUGGUGAAGAGUUUGGCUUACCAGGAUCUCAAAAACACGAACAGCAUUCUCUUCAACCUUUCUUUGACGAGUGGCCUAAGUCAAAGGAUCUGGGGUUCCAUCAAAAUGAUCAUAGAUCAAACAUAACUGAAUUGUCAAUGUCUAAUGCAACGGUUCCUGCUAAAUUUUUCCUAAGGAGCGCUGAAUCACCCCGUGAUGCCUAUACUUGAACCCGGGAGCUGACAUGUGUGCUUUCUCGUGGAUGUCCGGGUACUUGCGAAGUUCCUGCUUGUCUGUAAUUUAGACGUCAUUAUUUCUGGGGUUUCUUAGGCUAGUAUUUUCCACUUGACCAUUAUGGUUAUACGUUUCGUGGAGCGUAAGAAUGUGUUAUCUACUCUUAUAUGUCAGCAUACUGUGGAGAUAUUGCUAGGAAGCGAUAUCCAAUGUUGUUGUUCUGUCUGUAUUUUGUUUGCAGUUCCACGACUGCUAUGGAUUUCAUAGUCACCCAGUAUGUUUUUGGUUUUUUUUUUUUUUUUUUCUGGAGUGACGUAUGGUCUCUUCAUUAACACGUACAUAACUAGUUUUUCAGUUGCCUU